AUACAAUAGCGUCCUUAAGUUACCAGUCUUAGAUCUUCUUUUUUGGUGGGAGACGGAGGGAAUAAUGGCGAGUGACGGAGCGGCUGUGGAUGCCAGCGGAGCAGCGGCGGAGGUAGUUGAUAAGCAGCCCCAUAAGUUAGAGAAGAAAUGGACGUUUUGGAUCGAUAAUCAAUCAAAACCUAAACAAGGCGCUGCUUGGGGCAACAACCUUCGCAAGGUCUACACUUUCCAAACUGUCGAAGAGUUUUGGUGUUUAUACGAUCAGGUGUUCAAGCCAAGCAAAUUACCAGCAAAUGCUGAUUUUCAUUUGUUCAAAGCUGGGGUUGAACCUAAAUGGGAAGAUCCAGAGUGUGCUAGUGGGGGGAAAUGGACAGUUACUAGUAGCAGAAGCCUACCCUUGAAACUAUGUGGCUUGAAACAUUAAUGGCUUUAAUCGGAGAGCAGUUUGAUGAAGCCGAUGAGGUUGCUAGCGUUCGUCAAAGGCAGGACAAACUUUCUUUGUGGACUAAAAAUGCAGCUAAUGAGGCUGCUCAGACGAAUUAGCCCUUGCCGUUGCUUGGAAUCGGCCCCUAUCGAUUUACAAAACUCGGUGAUUACCUGAAAAGCAUAAGGUACUUACGAUGGUCGCGGAAAGGCGAAGGCAUGAUCGUACACCUCCUAUUGUUUAUGAUUUUGAUUCUGGGAUAUUUUGACACUGAACUAUUUUGGAAACAAG